CGGGAGUGCUUUUUCAAUUAACUGGGAUGUCACAACAUAUAUGGUCUACGGGAGACACAUUCGAGUUAAUCAGACUCUACGAGGCGAAUACGCUGUUGUGGGAUUCAACGCACUGGGAAUAUAGCAAUAAGGAAGCAAAAACGGAAAUAAUCAAGAGUAUCGCAGUGAAUAUAAACGUCGAUCCAGAUGAGGUUAUUAGAAAAUUGCACAAUUUGAGAUGUCAGCUAUGUCAAGAGAUAAAGAGAGCAAAGAAACAAAAGAAAUUCAAAUAUGAUGAAGUACCUGCCAGCAGCUGGCGCUAUUUUCCAGCGCUAAAAUUUUUAAUUCCUUCUGUAAUAAAUAGAUCCAAGAUGAGAAAGCUGGAAAGAGAACCCAAUGGAACGAAUACAGAAGAAUAUAUAAACUUGGACAAAAUAGAGGAGAGAGAUGAGAAGAAGGUUCCUGCUAAAUUUUUAAAUAGUAACUGCAACGAAGAGUCGAGAUAUUCACUGCGAUUUUUACCAAAAGUACUGGAUGAGGAAAGGAAUACAAUGGAAUACACAAACUUGGACAAGAUAGAGGAGAGAGAUGAGAAGGUUCCUGUUAAAUAUUUCAAUAGCAACUGCAACGAGGAGUCGAAAUAUUCAUUGCGAUUUUUACCAAAAGCACCGGAUGAGGAAAGAAAUACAAUGGAAUACAAGAACUUAGAUGAGAUAGAGGAAAGACAUGAGAAGAAGAUUCCUGCGAAAUUUUUAAAUAGUAGCUACAACGAGGAACUAAAGCAUCCAUUGCGAUUUUUACCGAAAAUACAGGACGAAGAUGAUCGUUUCGGCGAGUACGUGGCGUUAGAAUUACACAGUUUACGCUCUGAAGCAAGUAAGAGAAGAUUGAAAAGCGAGAUUAGGAAAGCAAUAUGUCGCAUUGCCGAUCUGGAUGAUGCGGAACUUUUGAUUCCUACUGCACCGUCCGAUCCAUUAUCUCUAUAUUCACCGUCUUCCUCAAAAUACUCACAUAUGUGUCAGAUAACUAAUGUUAAGUCUGAAAAUGUAUAAAUACGAAAAUGCAAAUGAUGCAAAAAAAAGAACUGAUAAGAGCUCGAGGUACGUACGUAAUACAUUUCACUUAUCUGCGCAUUUAAUUUGUAAUUAUAUGUGAAAGUAUUCUGAUGACUAAUUUAUAUAUUCAAAUCUUUUUAAAUACACAGGGUGAACCACGCAAGUGAUCCAGCUUAGUUUAUUCUACUGUUAGUGAACUGCUUGAAAAUUUGUCUAGCAUAACAUAAUUCAAGAUGAGCUUUAAGAUCAUCCUAAAGUUCACUUUAAACCAUGUUAUAUACUAGACGACAAAAUUUCCAAAGAAGUUUCACUAACAGCAGGAUAAACUAAGCUGACCAUAUUGCGUGGUUCACCCUAUAUAAUACGUUUAGGACGUAAAAAGUAGUAGCUCAUCAUCGAGCACAUAUUGUAUCCAGGCUGUGCGCGCUAAAUUCAAAAUAAAUUUAUUAUAAAACAUAGUGUA